UUUUCAGUCAAUAUAUAUGUUGAUUCUGCUUGUUUCUCUGCUUGGGUGCUUCAGAAAUCUUGUAUAUUCACAUGGGUUUGUUUUUUAAUUGUUCAUUAUCAAGUGCUGAUUUUAAUCUGAGUUGUAAUUUUCAAGAAUAUGCAUCUGAAAGAGGGGUGUUCUUUGCUGCUAAGAGUUCGAAAACCAUCUGUACCUUUUGUGCUCAACACAGCUCAAAGCCUUAAUCAUAGUUUACAAAAUGUGAAAUCAGAGAGAGUUCUGAGGGAAAUUGAUGUUUUGAGGAAAUUGAAAUACGAAAAAGACAUUAGCUUGGCACUUGAGUACUUUAAGUAUGUAGCUAAUUCGAGCUCGUUUAAGCACACUAUUUAUACUUAUCAAAUGAUGAUAGAGAGGUUAGGGCGUGAAGGCGAGAUGGAUGCUGUUCAGUACCUCUUACAGCAGAUGAAAUUAGAGGGUGUGAGUUGUUCCGAAGAUUUGUUUGUUAGUGUGAUUAAUUCUUAUCGGAGAGUUGAGGCUUCUGAGCAAGCGUUGAAAACGUUUUAUAGGAUGCAAGAUUUUGGGUGUCGACCGACAGUUAGGAUUUAUAACAUUUUGUUAGAUGCUUUGCUUAGUGAAAAUAGGUUUACGAUGAUUAAUCCUUUAUAUAGUAGUAUGAAGAAAGUUGGGGUAGAGCCGAAUGUGUAUACUUAUAAUAUUCUCUUGAAGGCUUUGUGUAAGAAUGAUAGGGUUGAUGGUGCUCAAAAGCUGCUUGUUGAAAUGUCUAACAAGGGAUGCAGUCCUGAUGCGGUUAGCUAUACGACGCUUGUGUCGUCGUUGUGUAAGCUUGGGAAGGUGAAAGAAGCGAAGGAGCUUGCCAUGAAGUUUACUCCUUUACUUCCUGUUUAUAAUGCUUUGAUUAAUGGCCUGUGUAAGGACUGUAGUGUUGGAGAGGCUGUUCAGUUGUUGGGCGAUAUGGUAAACAAGGGAAUUAGGCCGAAUGUUAUCACCUACUCGACAAUUAUCAAUGGGUUGGCUGAUUCUGGUAAUGUUGAGCUUUCUCUUGCCUUUCUUGCUAAAAUGUUUGUAAGAGGAUGCAGUCCGAAUAUUCAAUCUUAUUCGUCUUUAAUUAAAGGGUUCUUGGCCGAAGGAAGAUUGCAUGAAGCUCUUAAUAUUUGGGAUAAAAUGAUCAGAGAUGGAAUUUUACCCAACAUUGUCACUUACAAUAUAGUUAUAAGUGGUCUAUCCUCUCUUGGAAAUAUGAACCAAGCUUUUUAUCUUUUAAAGCAGAUGAAUAUAAAUGACUGCCCUCCAAAUGUAGUAACAUAUACCACCCUCAUUGGCUGGUGUGCAAGAUCUGGAGACCUGACCCGAGCUACUGAGACAUGGAACAAGAUGAUAACGCAAGGCUGUCGUCCCAAUGUUGUGACAUACACAGCCAUGUUCGAUGUUCUUUGUAAGAAUUUCAUGUUUGAUCAGGCCCAUAGCCUUCUUGAAGAUAUGGUGAUGGAGAAAUGUUCGCCAAAUACAGUCACAUUUAAUACGCUUAUUAAAGGUCUGUGUUCAGGAGGAAGAACUGACUGGGCAGUGAAAUUGUUUGGUCAAAUGGAGAGUUAUGGGUGUGCACCUAACAUCACUACCUACAAUGAACUGUUAGACGGUCUCUUUAAAGCAAACAACUUUGCAGCUGCAUUUGAGCUUGUUGCAAAUAUGAAGAAGAGUGGGAUGGAGCUGAACUCAGUGACAUACAACAUUAUGAUCUAUGGGUAUUCUUGUGCUGAUAUGAUUGACGAAGCUGUGAAGGUUCUUGGGCAAAUGGUGGUCAGAGGAAUGAAACCUGAUACUUUCACACUCAAUAUAUUACUCGACGCCUACUGUAAAUCAGGAAAAGUCGAGUUCGCAAUUAAACUUCUGAAUUCUGCAACUUCAUUAGGCUUUUCCACUGAUGCUGUUGGAUACAAUAGUCUUAUAAAAGGAAUUUGUGAGUGUAAAGAUUUAGAAGCAGCCUUUUUUUAUCUUCACAGGAUGAUAGAUGAAGGAAUCUCUCCUAAUAUUGCUCUAUGAAGCCCUCUCAUAAGGAGCUUAUUUAGCAGGGUAGGGUAUGUAGGAGCAAUAGAGUGUUUUGAUACUAUAUUGGAAAAUUAACUUGAUAAAGGGAUAAAGAGCUUAAUUUUUUUUACCUAUUCA